AUGCCCUUACCAGACUCGGGGACAUACCCCAUAUCGAACAAGGACGUAGUGAGCUUCACAUUCGACGACCCGGACUACGAUACCAACAGGCCAGUCCUCAUCGACCCGGUGAACCCGGCCGUUUACUAUACUCACACUACUUCAAGACGUCUGGUUCGACAGCUAAUUGCCGGUCUCUACGCGGCUGGGCUCCAAAAAGGUGAUACAGUCUGUGUUCACAGCUUCAACUCUCUCACAUAUCCAUUGUUGAUCCUUGCUAUCAUAGGCGCUGGAGGCUUGAGCGUCGGUACAAAUCCGUCGUAUACACGGCACGAGCUCAGCCAUGGAGUCAAGGUCGCUAAAGUCAAGUGGGUCUUCGCGGAGCCCGAGAUCCUGUCCAACAUGACGACCGCUCUUAACGAGAACGGCAUUGCCGUUGGACAGCGGCUGUUCGUCUUUGAUACGGUCGAAGGCCAGAAGGUACCAGAGGGCAGCGGUCUGAAAUCAUGGAGAACUCUGCUUGAGUAUGGUGAGAAGGAUUGGAUCACAUUUGACAACGAAGAGAUCUCUCGCGAAACCGUCGCUCAGUUGUACUACACCUCAGGGACGACCGGACUGCCCAAGUGCGCACAGACAACCCAUCGAAACCUGGUGGCCGAACAUCAAAUGUUCUAUGAAGCGUGGCCACGGAGCUAUCGGUACCGGGUCAUACUCUGCAUGCCGUUCUUCCACGUCGGGAUCCUGCCACAAGUACUGGUAUCGGCGAUCAAGGAGGGACGCGAAGCAUAUGUCAUGCGGCGUUUCGAGCUCGAGAACUAUCUCAGAUAUACCAAGAAGUAUCAGAUCACCGAAACUUUCAUGGUCCCGCCAAUGGUCGUCAGCAUUGUCAUGUCCGGAUUCGCCGAUGAGAAGUCGAAAACGUAUAAGCCUGAGUUCAGCAUGAGAAGCGUUAAAAAUGGCACGGUUGGUGCAGCGCCCUUGGAUGGAAGCAUGCAGAAACGUUUCCAAGCACUACUAUCUCCUGGCGCAACUUUCGGACAAGUCUGGGGAAUGACAGAGACUACUUCCAUGGCUGCCAUCGUACCUUGGGAUGUUUCGAGGAAGCAGUCAGCUGGGAAGAUGGAAAACGCCUGGGGCAACGUUGGCCGGCCACUACCCUGCAACAAGAUGAAGCUCAUAGACGAGCACGGAAAGGAUGUCACUGAUCAAGGACGAGGAGAGCUGUGCGUCAAAGGGCCUACCGUCGUCAAAGGCUACUUUGAGAACGCCAAAGCUACACAGGAGAGCUGGGACUCCGAAGGUUUCUUCAAGACCGGAGAUGUCCUCCGUCUGGACAAAGAGACAGGGCUGUUGUUCGUCGAGGAAAGAGUGAAGGAACUGAUCAAAGUCCGCGGCUUCCAGGUCGCGCCAGCAGAACUCGAAGGAGUCUUGUUGUCGCACGCCGACAUCAUCGACGCCGCUGUCAUCGGCAAGAAGCUGGAGAACGACGCGGAAGCACCGAAGGCUUUUGUGGUCAAACGCCGAGGCUCGAGCCUGACUGCCGACGACAUUCAAGCACAUAUGAAGGAGCGGCUCGCGCGGUAUAAGCAGUUAGAGGGUGGCAUACAGUUCGUGGAGAGCAUUCCUAAACUUCCAUCUGGCAAGAUUUUGAAGCGAGUGCUUCGAGAAGCCGAGAAAGAAGGGCGCAGCGCGAAGUUGUGA